AGAUUAGAAUUUGAACAGUCUGUGUUUGAUAGUACCAGAAAUUACAGCUAUGGAGAACGAGGAACCUGCAGAAAAUACAGAAAAAGGAUCAACGACAAUUUGUGGUGGACUCGGCAUCAGACACCUGCAAGUUUUUUUACAGUUUUUUGGAAUGGUAAUUGGAUAUUGUCUUCGAGUGAGCAUGUCGGUAGCUAUUGUUGCAAUGACACAGAACACUCAAAGCACUGAUCAUGCAUUCGAGGUCUACAAUUGGACAUCGACGGAGCAGUCACUGAUCCUCUCUUCUUUCUUCUGGGGCUACACGAUAAUGCAAAUACCAAGUGGCUACAUAGCUACAGUAUGGAGCGCACAAAAAUUACUCAGUAUUGGAGUACUGCUUUGCGGAAUCUUAAACAUUUUGACACCGACCGUUGCUCAUUAUGGGAGUUACAUUGGUGUUUGUAUUUGUAGAGUAGGCAUGGGACUGUGUCAGAGUUGUCUUUUACCGUGUAUACAGACUCUGCUUUCUAAGUGGGCACCGCCAUCCGAACGAGCACGACUUGGCACGCUUGCUUACGCUGGGGCACAAUUUGGGACCGUGAUUUGUUUUCCAAUAUCUGGAGAAUUAGCAGCUUCGAGUAUUGGCUGGCCAUCUGUGUUUUAUACGUUUGGUGUUUUAGCGAUAAUUUGGGCCAUUGUAUUUUUCUUUUUUGGUUCGGACAGUCCUUCUAAGCACUCGGGGAUAUCGGUGAAAGAAAGGCGAUAUAUAGAAGAUAGCUUAAAAACUCCCGGGGAUAAAGAAAAAUCAGAUAACAAAACGGCGUUGAAAACACCAUGGAAAGCUAUAUUAACCUCAGUACCGAUGUGGGCUCUUAUAAUUGUACAUUGUGGACAAAAUUGGGGCUAUUGGACUCUUAUCACAGAACUACCAAUUUACAUGAACAAUAUUUUACAAUUUAAGUUGGAGGAGAACGGUUGGAUAUCGGCGCUCCCUUAUUUAACGAUGUGGAUACUAAGCUUUCCAACAUGCUGGUUAGCUGAUUAUGCUUUAAAGAAGAAUAUCUCAAGAGGAGUAAUUCGAAAAGUUUGCAAUACGAUUGCACACUGGGGACCAGCGAUAGCUUUGAUUUGCCUUGGUACGAUGUCGGUGCACGAUGCCACCGUGGCUACAACUAUCCUUGUGAUAGCUGUAGGUUUAAAUGCUGGAUCUCUAUCCGGAUUUCAAAUUAAUCAUAUCGACUUAAGUCCAAAUUUCGCUGGCACGUUGAUGUCCAUUACAAAUUGUAUAGCAUCUAUAAUUGCAAUAAUCGCACCAAUAGUCUGCGGCAUAAUCGCACAAGACGAGAAAGAUGUGACCCAGUGGAAUAUAGUAUUCUACUUGUCUGCUGCUAUUUACAUUUUAGGAAAUUUAAUUUUUAUUAUUUUUGGCAGUACUGAAAUUCAACCAUGGAACAAUCCUGAAAUUACGAAUAUCAAAGGACAAAGCGAGAAAGAAUUAACAGUUAUAUGAAUAUGCAGAAAUAUCUGCGUUAUGUUCCUUUAGCGUCGCAAGCGCCAUAUUUAGAGGAACGAUCGAUUUUAAAAUCCAAGAAUUCUAGAAACUGUUUCCUUUAUUUUUUCAUUCAUAAAGUUUCUUUUCAAACAAUUAAUAUGUUAAACAAUCUCUAGAGUCUAGGUGGAAUACAAAAUGUAUUUAAUCUUCCGCAAACAUUAAAUUUAUGAUUCGUGCCGAUUGCGACCAAUGAUUUACAGUAAAUAUAUUUUUCUUCAACGUGGUUGAUAAUCGACAAUGUGAUAUACGUAUUUAUAUUGGUAAAUACCAAAAAAGUAAUUAUACGUAAUUUUAAGUGUAAGGGAUAGACAAUAUCCCUUUGUGCAGAAACGAUUUAGGAUGUUUAGACAACAGAACGGCUAAGAUAAUGAAAAAGAGGCUGUGCUUUACAAAACUAAGUAUACAUGUAUAUAUAAAUGAUUAGCGUCGAUAAUAUACUGUUCGUUUGCACAUUCGUAAGAUACAAGAUUGCUUUUGCUAUAUUCUAGUCUUGAGUCAAAUCUUUCAUCAAACAGUUUAAUGAGACCAAUUUUUUAUUUAGGUCUGAGAUUAAAAAAAGAAUUUAACUUGCAACAUAUCAAAAUUUAGAAUAGCUUGAAUGAAAGAGGUAACGUGAAGCCUUUAAUAAAAUAUUAGGUUAUCUCAUAAAUAUAGGUAUCCUUCUUUAUGACAUGUUAAAUAAACAUCAAUAUCAUACUUACUAUGUUAAACAAACAUCAAUAUCUUACAUUUAUUCUUUGAAACAGAGUCGUUCUCUUGAUCUAAAUAAAAUAUCUAACAUGUACAGAAUGAUAUUUUUUUAUUUAAGGGGACUCGUAACCAAAAAAUGUAAAAAAAAAUCUUUAUUUUAUUGCAGAUUCGGAAUAUACGUAUAGAUAUUUCUGCAGGUUGUGUUAAAAUAUAGUGCAAUUUUGUACACUAGAAGUAAGAUUAAAGAGAAAGUGGAAAAAAGAUCUAUAUUCAUUUAAUGAAUUUCUGCUCCAUAAGCAGGAUCAUCUUUCUCCUGUUCUUGGAAGAUAUAUUCCAAUUUUCUUUUUCUCGCCUGCUGAUAAAUUUUUGUUAUUUUU